AGUGGGAGCAUGAGGAUGGGGACGAGGACGAGCGGCAAGCUGCUGGUGAAGAAGGCCUUGCAGACGUCCAGCUGGCUCCCUGGGAGAGGUACUUGGAGCUCUGGAGGGUGCUGCUGCUGCUGCCGCCCUCACCAGACCUUUGGAAUGUUGGCACGAAACGAGGAGGACGCGGAGGCAGUGGCCUGCCACCAACUGUACAGGCGGACCUGGACCGGAACUACGGACCUGCCGUACAACGCCAGCUGCGAGUCGCCAUGUACGACACCCUCAUGGCUGCCGUACUUGACACCAUCAGAAACCUGGAUCUGUCGUACAGUCCGGCGGAUGGCGACGGACCAGGAGCAGGAAUGUGCAGUGCCAGCAGGGAUGCAAACACCGGCCAUGGCGGUCGUGAUGGAGUGGCCGGAGAUGCUUCCAACGUCGGCGCCAACAACGGCGGUAUACUAGCC